GCCCAAGACGCACAUUACACUGUACCACACCCAGCAUAGAAAGCCAUGAAGCCUUCAGAUUCGCUGCGGGCGAUCCGCCCCAUUCAAAGACAUUUGACCACCCCAUCAUACCGCCUAAUACCCGCACGACCCGCACAAGCACAAGCUCCGCUCUUCGCAUCCGCAACGACACCCGUAUCGCCAAUCCGCUUCUCCUCCACAGCCUCGUCUCAGCCAAAAGAAUCCUCCAAAUCCACUGUCGACCCAACAGAAGUAUCGCACUUCAAUGCGCUCGCCUCAAGCUGGUGGGACCCUGUUGGUCCUUCGCGCCUCCUCCACCUCAUGAACCCGCUCCGCCACACCUUCAUCUCGCGCUGCCGGGCCGCUUCUUCUUCCGUGUCGUCCAACUCCAACCUCCGCUACCUCGACAUAGGCUGCGGCGGCGGCAUCUUCGCCGAGUCCGCCGCCCGUCUGGCGCACACGGCCUCCGUCACCGCCAUCGACCCCACGCCCGAAGUUCUCAAGAUCGCGGAGGCGCACAAAAGGCGCGAUCCUACGCUUGCGGCGCCGGGGAAGCUGACGUAUAUCAACACGUCGAUUGAGGAUCUUCCGCAGCCCAAGACACCGCAGGAGGGAUAUGAUAUUGUGAGCUUGUUUGAGGUGCUGGAGCAUGUUAAUGCGCCGGGGCCGUUCCUCGAGCACAUUAUGCCGCAUGUCAAGCCGGGAGGGUGGCUGGUGCUGAGCACGAUUUCGAGGACGUGGACCAGUUGGCUAGUGACGAAUGUUAUGGCCGAGGACGUGCUAGGUAUAGUGCCAAAGGGGACACAUGAUUGGGCGAAAUACGUGAAUGAGUCCGAGCUGCGGGACUGGUUCUAUGGGAAACCGGGGUGGGGGGAGCUGAAGACGAUGGGCGUCAUGUACGUGCCGGGGUUCGGGUGGAAAGAGGUUACGGGAAGCGAAGGCUGGGGUAACUACUUCUUUGCUGUGCGGAGAGCAGAGUAA